AUGAGAAGGAUGAUAUAUUCACUUUCAUAUUUAGAACUCCUAGAUUCUCUAAAGAAAAUAAACGCAGUAUUGUCACUUAGCCCUUCACCCAAACCAGAAGUUAUUAUUGAUUCCCUCAUGCGCUUAUCACAAAUCCUUUCCGUAAAUGAUGAGUAUAGGGAAUUUUUAUAUGAUUACUUCUGUGAAAAUAAUUUGUUUGGCAAGGUCGCAAAUCUAGUGUCGAAUGAUGACAAAAAUAUUAAGGUACAGAUGCUGCAGACGAUAAGCAUUAUUAUCAAAAAUCAGACAUCAAAUAUUUGGUUAUAUUAUAUUUUUGGCAACAAAGGACUAGAUAGGAUAGUUAAUGAUCAACAUUUAUACGAAGACGACGAUUUGGUUGCAUGGGCAAGUUCACUCUUAAAAAUGUUAUCAUUCUUACUGGAUGGGACCACAAUCAAGUUUUUCAUUAACCCUGUAAAAAAUGAUGGUGAAUUCCCACUUUUCACUCAAACGCUAAAGUUGAUUAAUCACUAUGAUUCAAUGGUCCGUUCACAUGCUAGAAUUUGCACUCUCAACAUACUAAGAGUGAAAGACACGCUAAUUGAUAACUUUAUUUCACACAAUAUUCAAACAUUCUAUGUUCUACCCAAUUAUCUUUUCGAAUGCUGGGAGACCAUCAACGAUAAAGUUGAUAUAAAUUCCAUGUCAAACAUGUCUGGAGUCGCAGCUUCAUUGAUUGAAGCGGAGGAUUAUUUACUGUAUUUGAAUGACUUAUUUUCAAUAGAUUUCACUAAAUCAAAACAUUUGCUCAACUAUAUUAAAAAUGAAUGUUUUGACAAACUAAUUGACAUAAUAAAUAUGCCAUUCACUGAAACUUAUCAUACCAGUCGCGAUAAUAUCAUAUUAUUAGACAAUAUGCACUUAUCAGACGAAGCAUCUAAGUUUAAAAAAGAUGCUCGCAGUCAUACAAUUAAUUUGACUCUGGAUACUGGCACGACUUAUAAUAUGAGUGAUAUUGUACAUGAAGUAAUUCAAGCAAACACCCCUUCAUCGAUUUCUUCCCUAUUCUUACCCCCUUCUGCGGGAGAUGAACUGCUACCUUGCGAUGAAAGCACUUAUAGAGACUCAUAUACCCCGGAAGAUUUAACUAUUGAGGAACAUACAUCUGACGUCAAGAGGACAUUUCACCCACUUACAGCUGCCUACAUUUUUACACAGAUCCUCAAAAUGGAGAAGGAUAAAAAAUGUACCAAUCUAAGCCAAUGCUUUGAAGAUUUAAGAGGCGUUAAAUUUUUUAACAAAAUUAGGCCAUUUCUCAAUCAAAUAUUUGCCUCAAAAUAUGAAUCUGUCGAUUCAUCAUUAUUAAUAUUGCUAGAAUUCAUAAAUGCUAAGAUUGAUGAAAUUGCUGCAAAUGAAUUGGAACAGAUAAUACUCAUAUUUGUAAAUAUGUGGAAGUUAGUGUCUGAUAUUAUGGAUUGGAACAACCUCACCAACAUAAAACUCCGCAUUAUAACUUUGCGUAACCUAACAUCACUAACUUUACAAUUAAAUGCCGUGAAUCGGAUUAUAAGUCUAAUACCACAUGUGAAAAUGGAAGAAGUAUUUCUAUUUGAACAUUUGAGUAUUAUUUGGGAUGAAUGGAUGAUCUUUAAAUCAACAUGUGAUUCCCAUUGCAAUAUUGGAUACCAAGCAUUGUUUAUCCCUCGUUUUAGAACGUUUGGCUCUAUUAUGAUACAAUUUGGCAAAAAAGUUGACUUGGAGGUGGAGGGGGUGAGGACAAGUAACUUUAUUCCUCCGUAUUACCUUUUGCCAGCAUCACCAGUUGAUAUAUUUAGAUACAGCUUGCAGGUAGCAUUGCUAUUUUCUAUGUUAAAAAAAUUGGCUUACAAACUGAGUAGCUUAAAGCAAAUAUUUGAGUGUUGUCCAUUGGUUAUGGACAACUGGAACAUAGGUUUUAUGUUCGGGGGAAACCUAAAAAUAUCCCCACCAAAUUUGUCACCUAGUAAAAUUCUUAGACUGGGCGAUAAAAUAAACUUGUCUAAUUCAAUCAUUUGCAGGUUGGAUACUAAGACAAAAACGUAUAGAUAUUUUAUCGCAAACGAUAUGCUAUUCAUUCUUGCUUCAUCUGAUAAACAAUCAAGAACUGAAUUUGAUGGGUUGUCUAGCGAAGAAGAUGCUUGGGGGGAAAUAACCUGCUUACACCCUCUUUGGAACAUCACAAUUAAGGAGUUUGGGAAAAAUUCGCUAACUGCACGCAUACUAUCCACUCCAGGAACAUCCCCGAAACUUACACAAAAAAGACAGAAAUAUUACGAUAGGGAAAGAAUUACUGGUACAACUGGCUGCCCACCUGCUUUGGUCAAAUACCAAUUAAUUCUGCAUUUUGACGAGUUGGAAUCAAGGGAUCAGAUGAUACAGCAUGUGUCUAAAGCGUAUGAUAGAUUGAUAGAGAAUUGUCAAGAAAGUUUCAAUUUCUAUAUGAAUUGUGAAGCUAUAAUUGAGUAA